AUGCUACUGCUGGAGCUAUUGAUGCUACAUCCCUCCCGUUGUGUUCUCUUCUUUCCCUCCCGUCGCUGCAACCCUCUCUGCCUCCCUCUCAUCUCUCGUUCCCCUAACUGCCUUACUUCCCUUCCUGCCCGUUUCCUGACUGCUUUGCUUCCCUCCCUACCCCUUUCUCUGAUUGCCUUGCUUCCCUUCAUGUCCGUUGCCCUGAUUGCCUUGCGUCCCUCCCAGCCCGUUCUCCUGACUGCCCUACUUCCCGUCAUGCUCGUUCCUGCGACUGCCUUGCCUCCCCACGCCCUGCCCUGCUUUUCUCCGACCCCGUUUCUCGCCCUUGUGCUGCCGUCACUCGCUCUCGCCAGCACCACGGGGGAAGCUCAUUUUGCAGCCCAGCUGCUGAGCUCCCGUGGAAUCAGAGGCGCUAUAAGCAUUUCCGUUUCAAGGGCCAUAUCGCGAGGCACGGCCCCGGCCUACACCAUCCAAUACGGUGCCGCCGUUGCUGGCGCCCACUCCCCCCCAAGCAACCUCCUCCUCUCGCUGCCACGUGGCGCGAUGCCAUUGGUCCUAUGCCGGGGAUCGGCCGAGUGCCAGUGGGUGGCAACAACACCAUCCGUGUGGGAGGUGGCAGGGGAGAGGAGGAUGAGAGGGGUGGAUGCGCGGCAGGGGAGGGUGCUGGAAGAAAUGAUAACUGCGGCGGGGGAGGGGGAGGGGAUUGGGGAGGAUGUAGCUGGGAGGGAGGGGAAUGGGGAGGGUAUUGCUGUCGGGGAAGGGAGUGGCGCGGUGACAGAAUAUGGUGUGCGCGCCGCGGUGGUGGUCGGUGGGGAGGAGGGGUAUGGUGAUUUGGCGGGAGAGCUACGGAGAAGCCGCGAGUACAAUCAUGGGUAUGGUGUGUGCGUUGCGGUGGUGGUUGGAGGGGAUGAGAUGAGAGGAAUGCAUGAUUGCCUUGCGUACCCGUAUUAUGCAUCCUCUGUUCCCUACCUCUCUUCACUGCCACCUCUCGCUUCCCUCCCACUCUCCCACACGUCCCUCUCUCACUUCCCUCGCACCCACCCCUCCCACCCCUCCCCCUCUUCCCUUCCCUCCCUUCCCUCCCACCCCUCCCCCUCUUCCCUUCCCUCCCUUCCCUCCCACCCCUUCCCACCACUCCCUUCCCUCCGACCCCUAACACCCCUUCACACCCCUUCCCACCCCUUCCCACCCCUUCCCUCCCUUCCCUCCCACCCCUUUCCACCCCUCCCUUCCCACCCCUCCCACCUCGUCCGUCCCCCUCCGCCCACCCCAGGCAUCAUCAUUCCGCGCUACCCCCCACAGGACCCGCGCCUGGAAGUGCGGCUGCAGGGGGGGAUGGGGGAGAUGGGGAACGUGGGGGAGGGACUCGCAGCGGGCAUGCGCGGAGGGGCGUUUAUGGUGGGGGCGUUCAAGGACGGCCAUGUGGUGGUGAAUUAUGACAUCCGUGUCAUCCGCCCCGCGUUGUGUUCUCACUACUUCCCACUGCUCCCUCUGUUCCUCGUCUUUCUCGUUCUUCCCUUCCCCCAGGGAAGUGUAGCCGUGCUGUCAGUGACGAUCGGUGCAGCUGGUAAAUCAGUUGAGGGAGCCUCAGAAGCUGGGUCGCUGAUAGGAGGCAUAGUUUGGAGGGCGCCAGUUGGGGGGAUGGAGCAGGAGGAGGAGGUGAGUCAAGAGGAGCAGCAAGGGGAGCAGCAAGGGGAGCAGGUGAGUGAGGAGCAGAGUGGCUUUACAAGUGGCAGUGGAGCUGCUGCAGCCGUGGCUGCUGCCUCUCUUAAAUUCCCUGGUGCCAGUGCUGCUUUCAAUAUGGAUGUAGGUGAAGCUGCUGAGGGUGCUGAAUCAACAUCUGCUAACAAGUGUGAAACCUCCGAGUUUCCCUCUGCUGAUGAUUCGGAGGGUACCACUACCUACCAGAGCCUUGACUUUCUUGAAGAAGAAUUUGAUGGUACGGAUAACCUUGUUCACGGCCGCACUCUUAGCAACACGCACGAGGGUGAGUUUCCUGCUGUCAUCGAGGGAGCUUAUAACGAGGAUGGAGGGGAAACGGUAGACAAUACAGAUGAAGCAGGGGAUGUGGUGGGUCCAGGAGUCAACGGGAGAGUCAACGCAGAGGUCAACGUGAGGGUCAACGCUUCUCGCUAUCCCGAGUCCCGUCGCUCGUGCUUGCAGCAGCGCUUCUCGUCUUCGUGCUGCCGUCACUCGCGCUCGCCAGCCCCACGGGGGAAGGUGAGGCCAGGCCACACACUGCCGGAAUCUGCUCCGUCUGCUGCUUCUCUUGAGUCUGCUGUUCCUGUUGUUUCUGCUGCUUGUGUUGCGUCUGCUGCAGCAGCAAGACCGCAAAGUCUAGCUGCUGCUUUCACGCUUCUUAUUCUCCCAUUCAACAACCCCUUCUCCCACUUCGCCUCUUUCGUUCCCUCUCACUUCUCUUCCUUCUUUCCCUCUCUCUUUUCCUCCUUUUUUCCCUUUUCCUCCUUCUUUCCCUCUCUCCCUCCUCCCUUGCUCACAAACUCCCUUGCUCGCACACUCCCUCUAUCCAUUCGUUUUCCCACUCUUCGUUCUCUCCGAUUUCCAUUCUUCCUCUCUCCCACGCUCCUCGCUCCGCACCUCCCCCACGAUGCUCCCCUUGCAGCUCACUUCUCAGCCCAACUGCUGAACCCCCGUGGAAUGAGAGGCACUAUAAGCAUAUCCUUGGGUCGCUCGACCACCCAGCCGCUUUCUUUUCUCUUCCCCCUCCUCUCCCCCUCCUCUCCCCCUCCUCUCCCCCUCCUCUCCCUCUCCCCUCCUCUACCCCCUCCGCUUCCCCUCCCCUCUUCUAACCUCUACCCACCUCUACCCUCUACCCUCCUCCUUCCUCCCUCCACCUUUCUUCUCCCUCCCACGCCCUCCCCCAUUCGCUGCUCUCUCCCGGAAGCCGCAGGUCCAUAUCGCGAGGCACGGCCCCGGCCUACACCAUCCGCUUCGGUGCCGCCGUUGCUGGCGCCCACUCCCCUCCCAGCCACCUACUCCUCUCGCUGCCACGUGGCGCGCCGCCAUUGGUCCUGGUAUGGUGUGCGCGCUGCGGUGGUGGUCGGUGGGGACGUUGGGCUCGAUGGCGAUCUGGUGGGAGUGCUACGGAGAAGCCGCGAGUAUAGUCAUGGCAUCAUCAUUCCGCGCUACCCUCCACAGGACCCGCGCCUGGAAGUGCGGCUGGAGGGGGGAAUGGGGGAGAUGGGGAAGAUGGGGGAGAGGGGGUCCAUGAGGGAGAGGCGGGAGUUGGGGGAGGGGCUGUCAGGGGGCAUGCGGGGAGGGGCGUUUAUACUGGGAGCUUUCAAGGACGGUCACGUGGUGGUGAAUUACGACAUCCGUGUUAUCGGCCCCGCGCAAGAACCUUCCGCCAUCAAUCUCCUCGUUGACUACCCCGACCCGUCCUCGUUACAAGCCGCCUCAUUCCAAGCCGCCUCGUUACAAGUCGCCUCGCUACAGUGUGACUCGUGGGCGGAGUUGAAACCGCAGAUGUGGCGGGCGCAGUGCAGCAGCAGGUGGAGCAGCAGCAGCAGCAGCAGCAGCAGCAGCAGCAGCAGCAGCAGCAGCAGCAGCAGCAGCAGCAGCAGCAGCAGCAGCAGCGGCGGCGGAGGCAGCAGCAGCGGCGGCGGCGGCGGCGGCAGCAGCGGCGGCACUGGUUCUUCUUUGCAAGGUCAUGUUCAGAACAUGUCUGAGGGCGUGUUCAAUCGGUUCGCUUGCUUCGCCGUGGAGGGGGACCCGUCUCCCAGUGUCGCCAUGCUAUCAGUGGUGAUCGGUGCAGCUGGUGAAUCAGUUGAGGCAGCAACUGGAGCUGGCUCGCUUGUAGGAGGCAUAGUUUGGAGGGCGCCACUUGGGGGGGUGGAGCAGGGAGAGGAGCAGGACGAGCGACAGGGGGAGAAGCAAGGGGAGCGGCAGGGGGUGCAGAAGAGGGAGAAGCAGGGGGGGCAGAAGGAGGAGCAGCAGGGGAAGCAGCAGAGUGAGCAGAGUGACAUUGGAGCUUCUGCAACCAUGGCUGCUGCUUCUCUCUCAGCCUCUGCUGCCAGUGCUCCUUUCAGUACGGAUGUAGGUAAUGCUGCUGCUGCUGAGCCUGCUGCUGCUGCUGAUGCUGCUGAGAGUGCUGAGGCUGUCGAGGGUGCUGCGUCAGCUAGUGUGGCCACGGGUGGAGCCUCUGAGUUUCCCUGUGCUGGUGGCUGUGAGCUUAGCACCUACCUCAACCUUCUUGAAGCGAAAUUCGAUGUUACGGGCAUUCUUGUUCGUGGUCGCACUUUUAGCAACACGGGCGAGGGUGAGUUCUCUACUGGCAUCGAGGGAGCUUCUAACGAGGAUGAAGAGGAAACGGCUGAGAAUGCUGAAAAUGCAGGGGGUGUGGUGGGUCCAGGGUUAGGGGACGGGAGAAGGCCAGGAGCAGAGGCAGGAGCAGAGGCAGGAGCAGAGGCAGGAGCAGAGGCAGGAGCAGAGGGAGGAGCAGAGGCAGGAGCAGAGGCAGGAGCAGAGGGAGGAACAGAGGCAGGAGCAAUGUUCAUGCCGAGUCCUCUUGUUGCCCACAGGCUCUCCCGCUCGCCACGCCUGCCCCAGCUGCCACAUAUGCCUUAUAAGCAUCGCUUCAGUGUGUCGUCGGGAUUGCUCGGUGCUUGUGGUAGGAGCAGUUUUGUUGGGGAACAAGGUGAUGCUGCGGGUGCGUUUGAAGCGUGCUGA